AUGCACAUCAACAAUCGGCUCUACGACCAGGUCAAAGAGCAAGUGGAUUCCAUGAGAUGUCGCUUGGUGAAGACGGUGGAGUGGAAGAUAGACAAGGCCUCCAUGCUUCGGCCCUGCUUUCCACCUGGAGAAGCGCUGUGCAGCACUGAUUUCGGUGCUGCCGGGAUCGAAGGGUUGCAUUUGCUCUUCUAUCCCUGCGGAUACACCGGUGCCACCGACGGCCCGGACACCGAGCGAUGGAGCGUUCACGUGUUACCUGGCGACCGGGAGAUUGGGGCACUGGCAGCUUGGCAGCUUGGCACGGCCAACAAAUGCUAUUGCUCGCUCUUCGUUUCUGCUCCUGCCGGGGCCAUGAUGAAAUGUGUGCUCUAUGCUGGAAAAGAGCGAAGGGAUGCUAAUCACACCUUCGAGCGACCUGGAGCCUUCGGGCGGACCAACUUCUGCCAGUUUGAGACGUGCGUGGAGGAUGACAGUAUCUUAAUACGUUUGGAUAUCACGGAGGCGCACCAAGACGUGGUGGCCAAAGUCGCCUCAGCCCCUCCAAAGCCGGGAGAGCUGCGGACCUUGUCCCAGCUCGAGGCCGUCGCGAAGGGGGAGAAUGGAGGAGGUGGGCGUUUCCAGGGGAAGUAG